AUGAGCACCUCUUCCACCGUCACCAACAACACGGCCGAUGCUGGCUUCAAGCAAGAUGCGCCCUCGACAACCACCUACGACACAGACAAGAUCACCGCCACCGAGCCCCGCGCAUCUAUGAGCACACUCGGAUCCGCCGACCCUCGUACUCAGGACAUCAAGUCAUGGAAAGCUGGCUUCCAGCGCAUGGCGGAUGAGCGCCUCGAAAAACAGCGCUACCAGCUCAGCGAGACCAAGAACGACGAAAUUCACACCAUUGCCCUCGGCGCAAAGGUCGAGCGCGCACUCAACAGAAGAAUGACCGGACAGGACGCCCAGUUUACACGCAGNGGGUCGCUGUCUGCUGCACAACCUGCACAGGCCCAGCAAGAUCCGAUCGAGCUGCCCGAUAAGAGAAGCGUCGAGAUCAGAUCAUGA